AUGAGUACUACGACGAACUCAUUUCCUAUAUCCCUUCGAUCAUGGCCCUCCUCAAAGAACUCCGACGCGACCUCGCUCUCAACCCUCUUCCAACGAAUCAAUGGCGAACGAGGAGGAAUACAGGGCCUCACGGAGGAAAGCUUGCGCCAGGAGAUUGCAGCAGAAGCAGAAACUAAGAUGGAUGAGGACGACACAAGUGAGAAUGAGGACGAGGACGAAGAGCAGCCGGAUAAGCUGAGAGAGCUUAUGGAGGCCAAGGGAGAGAUGCUGGGCCUUUUAGAAAGUGCCUACGUCUCUUCUGCGGUGACCCUCGAUUUCUUGUCCCUACUCCAGUCGAAAGACAAUCCCGUGCAGGCAGCUUCAACAAUGUCCCAAGACAUUAAGCUGGCAGUGCCAACCGGGACUCUGGGUGCGGAUAAACUCAACGGACCUCAAAUAAACCGGGCUCAGAUGUUGGAUAACAAACGUAUUGCGAAGGGAUGGAAGGUUCAAAAUGUCGAUAAGACUAUCGAUUCAAUCUUGAAUGCUGCUACACGUUUUAAAAACGAGGUAGAAAGCGAGACCAAAUACUGGGAGGAAGUAGUUUCUGUGAGCGAAAAGGGAUGGUCUUUAUGUCGACUGCCUAGUGAAAGACAUACCUUAGGUGUACGAUUUGGGUUUUUGGAGGCUUCAAUGACUUUCAGAAAUCAAAGCUUAGCAGCUCUGCGGAGAAACGCAGAUGGCUCAAUUUUUCUUGACCAAGGCUUCACGGGUUCGGAGCCAAAGAUCUUGCGAGUCCGCGUUCAAGUGGGCGAGAUCUAUACAGGAACAUCACAGGUACCAAAAGCUACUGGCGAGGACGCUUCGGUAGAAUCGUUGAUCCAACAAGCGCGCAAUACUAUAUUCUUCACAGAGCUAUGGCAAGAGCUUAAUCGAGAAUCGCGGAAUCUUGGUGGAGCAGAUGUAAAAGCUACCGAGGACAGUUUAAUAUUACCUUUAAAUUCGGAGAAACGAAUUAUUUUGGAUCUCGUAAACAUAGCGGAUCUCGAGGCUCCCGCGCCUCAGGAAGACGAUCAUAUAGCGCAAGGUCUAUGUUUGUCUUUACAAUUGCUUCUAAGUUACGCGCAUAGACAGAACCAUCGUCGUAGGACGUUACCACCCCCUCCAAUCUCCGGUCAGAAGCGCACCAAUCCUCCAUAUAAUCUUCUCCGCCCAAUAAUCACAAGGCUUGGUCACCAACGAACAGUAAACACGUUGACUACACUACUAAGAGAUCUCACUUCACUCCUCACAUCCGCUUCUCUCGAAGCAAAAUUCAGCAUAACCCACAAUCAACCACAACUCCCUUCAAAUAUCAACCUCGCAAACUCGGAGCGCACCAUCCUCUCCCUUACAGAACGUCUGGAGUCCGUGGCGACGUUCUCUCCAAACCCAUCAACUACCAUAAACAUAAUAUUACAAACCCAGCAACUAUCAACAGGCGUAAGCCAGUUUCUCCUCACAGUCAACCCAGACUCUCCUCUAACCACGAUCGCACCUCAUCCCAACUGGAUGGUCUACAACAUCGAAGCAAUAACAGAAUACGUCUUCUACGCCACAACCUCCGUCCUCUCAGCCUCCAUCGCCAAAACCCUAUACCCGCUCGAAGGCGAAGAAACACCCAAGUCCUCUCGAGGCUCGGAAGGAUGGCAUCUCACCAUCCAACCGAAUGUGCUCCGCAAGAAUUUCGAGGGCGGAACGGCGAAGCAGAUGAUUGUCGAUGUUAGUGAUCAUCCUAAGAAGGGAAUAAGACUUAGAGUUGGGUGGGAUUGGAUGAGACUUGAUCCCUUUGGGACGAGUACUGGGAAAGCACUUGAUCAGGAGCGGAAAAGCAAGGGAGAGGGUGUUUAUGAGUGGCGCGUGAAGAGGAAAGAACCGAGUGAAGGAGGGUUGGAAGAGGUGGUUAGGAGUUUGGAUGAUGUGGUUGAGCAGGCUGGGAAGUGGGUUUAUGUUUAG